UGCGACCGCCUGGUAGCUGGAAGUCUGUGUGCUGGUCGCGCCCAGCCGCCUUACCCAGGAACUGGUGUCUGUGGGCCAGUGUAACCGUCCCUUCGAAGUCGGACCCCGUCUUUAGGGCACGACCCCUAAAGUUAGGUCUGAAGUUAGGUCUGAAGACCCGUGGGCAGCCUGAGCGCCGAGCCUGAGCGCUCCAACUAGCCCUGGAAACGUUUUUCCGUACAGCAACAUGGCGGCGCCCAUGGACUUUUAGUAAAGGAGAAAGCUUUUUUUUCUGUGGACUGAAAGGGGCGUUUUUCAUGAUCAGUAUUUAGAUGGGUCCUGUUUUCAUGAGGAGAGUCUGGGAAGGCGGCGUCCGCGUUUCUGACAAGGGAAGAGGAUACUUUGUCCUUUUAAGGAUUCAGUGACUUCCUGACUUGGAGGAUAGUGGCUAGACCCAAGGACCAAAGCAAGAAGUCGUGGGGGCCCCAGAAAGACAGGAGGAUCACAUUGAGAUUCCAGACAUAAGAUCAGGUUUUAAUCCCCUUUGGCCAAAUUUUGGCUGAAAAUGUUGAAUUAACAACUCUGAAAUUACAAAGAAAGUUUAUAUUAAAACAUUGCAAUUUUCCUUAGAAUUUCUGUAUAUAUUAACAUAUCAUGAAUGCUAAAUUCUCUUCAAUGUGCAUGUCAGGUUUAUGUACUUGUACAUCACAUCUGUGUGUAUGAAGUGUAUGUUUAUUGAAAUACAAGACAUUUAAGAAGCUGAUCUGGGAAGUUGGAUUUUACUUCUAAUUGCUAAUUCCCAGAGGCUUUUUUUAAAGGAAGGGAAUGUCUGUGGUUCACCAGUUGUCAGCUGGGUGGUUACUGGAUCAUCUUUCUUUUAUCAACAAGAUAAACUAUCAGCUUCACCAGCAUCAUGAACCUUGUUGCAGUAAAAAUGAGUUCACUACUUCUGUUCACUUUGAGUCUCUUCAAAUGGAUUCUGUGUCGUCUUCUGGAGCCUGUGCUGCAUUUAUUGCUUCUGACCCUACCACUAAGCCAGAGAAUGAUGAUGGAGGAAAUUAUGAAAUGUUCACACAAAAAUUUGUUUUUCGACCUGAACUGUUUGAUGUCACCAAACCUUAUAUAACUCCAGCAGUUCACAAAGAAUGCCAGCAAAGUAAUGAAAAGGAAGAUCUGAUGAAUGUUGUUAAAAAAGAAAUCUCCAUUUCUAUUAUUGGGAAGAAGCGUAAAAGAUGUGUUGUUUUCAAUCAAGGUGAAUUGGAUGCGAUGGAAUACCAUACAAAGAUCAGGGAGCUGAUUUUGGAUGGAUCUUUACAAUUAAUCCAGGAAGGUCUCAAAAGUGGUUUUCUUUAUCCACUUUUUGAAAAACAGGACAAGUGUAGUAAGCCCAUUACUUUACCACUUGACACCUGCAAUUUGCCAGAAUUAUGUGAAAUGGCAAAGCAUUUGCCUCCUCUGAAUGAAAUGGAACAUCAGACAUUCCAAUUGGUGGAAGAGGAUACAUCUGUUACAGAACAGGAUUUAUUUUUGCGAGUUGUUGAAAACAACUCUAGCUUUACAAAAGUUAUUACUUUAAUGGGACAAAAAUACCUGCUACCACCGAAAAGCAGUUUUCUUUUAUCUGACAUUUCUUGUAUGCAACCACUUCUGAACUAUAGGAAAACAUUUGAUGUAAUUGUGAUAGAUCCGCCAUGGCAGAACAAAUCAGUUAAAAGAAGUAAUAGGUACAGUUAUUUGUCACCCCUGCAAAUAAAGCAAAUACCUAUCCCUAAAUUGGCUGCUCCAAACUGUCUUCUUGUUACUUGGGUGACCAAUAGACAGAAGCACCUACGUUUUAUAAAGGAAGAACUUUAUCCCUCUUGGUCUGUGGAGGUAGUUGCUGAGUGGCACUGGGUAAAAAUCACCAAUUCAGGAGAGUUCGUGUUCCCAUUAGAUUCUCCACACAAAAAGCCUUAUGAAGGUCUUAUACUGGGGAGAGUUCAAGAAAAAACUGCUCUACUGAGGAAUGCAGAUGUAAACGUGCUCCCCAUUCCAGACCACAAAUUAAUUGUCAGCGUGCCCUGUACUCUUCACUCACAUAAGCCACCGCUUGCUGAGGUUUUAAAAGACUACAUCAAGCCAGAUGGGGAAUAUUUGGAAUUGUUUGCUCGAAAUUUACAGCCAGGUUGGACUAGUUGGGGCAAUGAAGUUCUCAAAUUUCAGCAUGUGGAUUAUUUUAUUGCUCUGGAGUCUGGAAGCUGACUAUGAUCUUGAUUAAAGUAGUGGUUUCUUCAUUGUUUCCUCACCACUUUUCCCUUCAUUCUAACUCACUUUUAAAAUUUUGUUACUAACCCAUAUUCUUAGAAUAUAAACAGGACUUGUUUUUUUCAGUAAGGGAGCAGAAGUGACUAGCCUUCAUGCAAUUUUGAGAUGAAUUUUACUUGAGAUGCACUAACAUUCUAUGUUAUUCUAGACUAUACAAAUUAAGUGGUAAGCAGCUACAAAGAUGGCAAGACCAUGCUAUUGAAAAAGUUCAGAAAACAUACACCGUGGACCAGAGGUCAUAAUCCUAUCUAUGAAUGUGUUUUGUGUGGCCCAUGUAGUGUUGUAAAAAACAUUUAGAGCCAUUAUUCUAAAAAAUGGGGAUAUUUCACAUUAAAGUUCAGAUUUCUGCUUCUUUUUUAAACAUCAGAGACUCUGGCUACACCGAGGCCUCUGUUCUUUCCUGGCAUCAGUCUGCAGGACCUAGUGGUGGUGGCUCACUUGGAAGGAGCCUCGUGCUCUCCACUGUGCCACAGUACCACUGCCGCCGUACUGCUCACUUAUGUCAUCCACUUGGCCCUUGUAUGACCUGAAUUUGCAACCUCGGUAUACUAUUACGUUCUGGAAAAAAUAUUCAAAGACCUGCCAAGUACUGCAUUAGUAUUCUGAGUUUAUACAGCAUUUUUGUAGGGUUUUCAAUUGUAUUCAAGGUCGCUUUCCAAGCACUUCUUGGUUUUGCUUUUCUAGAAGAAAAUGAAAAGCUAUUCCUUAUAAUAAACAUGGCGGCAAGUAAACAUUGUGAUUGUGAAAAAAAUAUUAUUUAUAGAUUUUCUACAAAUUAAUAUUUGUCUCCCAAGUAAAAUAUUUUGACUGAAAUUAUUCUUUGAAAUGCAUAUUGAUUCAUGCGUAUUUUAAAAAAUUGAGGUAUAAUUUUCACAAAAUUCUCCAAUUUUCAGCGUCGAAUUUAGUGAAUUUUGAAAACAAUAUAUACAGUUGUGUGUCUGCCACAGUGAUCGUGAUACAGAACACUUUCUUCACCCCGAAAACGUCUCAUUUUUUCUUUUGCAGUCAAUCCCCUGCUCCUAUCCUUGACCCCUGGCAAACAGUGGUUUGCUUUCUAUCAUUAGCUCUGCUGUUUGAGAAUUUCAUAUAAAUGGAAUCAUCCUGCAAUGUGUCAUCUAUUGUGCCUGACUUCUUUCACUUAGCAUUUUGAGAAAAGCAUUUAUACUAUUUACAGAUUGUUGACAAAUAUUUAUCCACUAAGUAAAAUGUUAGACUGAAAUGAUUCUUUGACAAGCUUGCCAAUUUUACUGAUUUUGUCAAAGAAAAAUAUGUUAUUUUUGAAGUUUGUUCAUCCUUUGAGCGUGUGAGUGUAGUAUCAGAGGCUUAAUUUUGUGUUUAUGGAGCUAUUCUAACUUGUUAUUUAGAAGGAAAAAGGUAUUAAAUGUGAAGCAAACUUCUCACGAUCUCAUUUGAAUUCUUUCCAGCUUCUUUUAGUAUUUAUAGAUUUUAUAUACUUUGUGGGAACAUUUUAUCCUCACAAAGUUUUUGGACUUUCAUUUUUGCAUCAUAAAUACUGGUACUGAAAGGAAAAAGAGAGAGUCUUAAUUCAAUAGUCUGUUAUUCACGUUGCAAGAGCUAUAGUUUUAGCUCUGCUCCAAAGCUGUAAAACCUUUGGACCUUGUUUUAACACCAGUUUAAUUAUUGGACUCCUUUUUAAACAAAGGAUGAGUCUGCAAAUUUUAACAAUAACACACCUUGUGAGAACAAAAAUGAAGGAGUAUGAACAUCAAACUUUGACCUCAUUACUACAGUUGGUUUAGCCAGCUGACCUGUUGGACUUACAUAUUUUAGAGCAUUUUCAUUCAGAGCUUCCUAUAUUAUUUUUAUAACUUGUAAGAAUUUUGUGGGGUUUUUUUUCUAUCACAUUCUUUUCAUAGGCUUAAAGUCUUUUAGGACUCUCGGUAAUAAUGCUUAGGCAAAGGGGUGCAGCUAACAUUUGUUGAGUAGUAUAUGUUACUCUGUGCUAUGCUUUUUACUUACUGCAUUUAAUCCUUGCAUAACCCUGAGAGAUAGAUAACAACCUUCAUUUAAUAGUUGAGAAAGCUGAAGCCCAGGGGACUAUUUUGUCUGUAAACACACAACAAGUUUCGAAACUAGGAUGUAGUUUCCUGACUCCAUAGCCCAUGCUGUAUUUUAUGUAAAAACAUGGAAAACUGAGCAAAUGACUAAAGAUCUCUCAAGUGAUAGGAUUACACUCUAGCUUUCCCCAUCGAGCUCUUUUGCCUUUACAUGCUUAACUGCUAAUACCACUCAAGAAACUGGGGGAAUUGUGCCUCAUAAUGUCAUAUCCUUGGAAUUCUUGGCCUUUCUCUGACACUCUUUCACCCUUCUACAUGAGAUCCAGUAGAGUAAAAUCACAACACAAAACACACAAAAGCACAACUACUCUUGGAAACAGAUUCUCUUUUAAAAACUUGAUCCUUUUUAUCAUUUGUCCUCCUUUCUUCCUCAGCCUUUAUUUGUGUUCUCUAGUCAAAGUUUGACCCAGAUUUUCUUUUUUCUUGGCCGCUGUAGACACAGGGUCUUUUUUGUACCUAAAUCAGUAAGUUCAGUGUGGCACAGUCAGUGUAAUCUAAAGCCAACUUGUGUAGGUUUGAACCCAACUGACUUUUGACUUUGAGCAAGUUAAUUAAAUCUUUAGGCCUUGGUGUCCAUUCAUGCAUAUAGGCGAUAAUAAUACUACCUCAUAGAGUUAUGAGGAUUAAAUGAGUUAAUACAUGCAAGGCACUUGUAAUAGUGCUUGGAAUAUUUUAAGCACUCCAAAAGUGUGACACUUUUUUUUUUUUUUAAAUUUCAGGUCAAAAAGUUCUUAUCACAGUCUGGACUCUCAUUCAGGGAACACACUGGAAAUUAAAUGUUAGUUCCAUCCCUUUGCCCGAGCAUAUUAAACUGCCCAUACAGUUUUUCUGUCUAAACAUCCUUUUUUUCUUACUCUGUUUCUUGUUCGUAACCUGCACCUGAUUUCAUACAUGAGGUAGCUGUGAAAUCUCCUCUCCCAUUGUGGUCCUGCCUGAGAAACAAAACAAGGGCCACAUGUGGCUUUGGACUUCGUGUUUUGAUUGUCUCCUGCCAUGUUGACUAAGCUGUGUGGCUACUCUACAUUGCUCUUUGUUGAAUUCCACAGGUGCUAAAUAGGUCGCCUUUUAGUGAUGAUGUUUCUUCCAUGUUCAGAGACUUCGGCCCCAUGCCACAUAAAUUUGGUUCAAAAUAGAUGUGUUACGCUUUGCUGCAGGUGUUAGGAAGUUGAUCUUUAUGUGCCACCCAGGGAAUUUUCCAGUUGAUAAGGCACAGACCAAGUAAAGAAGGCCUAUUUCUGCAGAUGGUCUGAAAGGCACCAAUGGGAUAGGUUUCUUCUCUUGAAUGCCAACCUUUGAGGGAGGCCAACAUCACCAUGGGCCGGUGGCCUUAAACCUAGUCCAUGACACUGGGGAUAUAAGUCUGGAUCAGAUCUGGGUAUAGCUCCCUUUGCUCUGUCCUUGCAGGAGGCUCUCUUUACCUUCUCCUGUUCUAGUCCUCUAAAUACUAUGAUGCAAACUCAUUCUCACAAGAGAAUCAUGGGCUCCCAAAUCUUACCGUCUCAGACUUAACUACCCAAGAGACACAUAUCUUUUGAGCAUUUUUAUGUAUUCAGCUUCAGGCAGAUGCUGGCUUUUCUCCUGAUGUGAUUGAGAGGAUUAUUAUCACUUCAGAGGACCUUCCCUUCCCUGAAGAUGCUGUCCGAUUUACCUCAUUUGAUUCAUGUCUUGCACCAUUGGCCUACCAUACCUUGGUAAGCACCACAGCACUGUUGGCACUGUUCUGUGGUUACUAGAGUUCUUUUGCUUCAAUUGUUUCACUUUAUCUUCAAAACAGUCUUACGAAGGUAUAGGUAUAAUGAAGGAAUAGGUUCAUAGAGGCUACUCAUAAGGUUAAUAACCAAGACUUGAAUUCUAUUCUGGUUCCUAAAUUAAGGGACUUUUUGUUGUAUCAUGUUUGCUAAUGAACUUCAGAUCUUAAUAGUAGGUCCAUCAACUACUAAUGAGAGGUUCAUUGUAUGGCCUGGGGCAAAUGUAAAAUAGUUCAUAUGUAAUCACCCAAACAUACCUUUCUCAAUAUACCACAUCAUCAUUCUUGUGUUAUUAACAUAAUAUUUUUUGUUAGAGAUUUCAGUGACAUUGGUUGAACUGAUAGCCUCAGUCAACUCAGAAUCACUCAGAAUCUGACAUAACCCUUUGACAUAAGCCAUAAGCAUUUUUACCAUGCCAUUGUAUUUUAACAGCUCAAUCAGAUGAGCCAUUUUAAGGAAGCUCUUCUGCAAAAUAUUCAGCUGGAUUUGAGGCUGUAUGGGUAGUCAGAAAAGGGAAUAAGUAACGCAAGUACAAGUGCAGAUAAUUUGUGGUGAUCUGAUACCAGUGUUUGGAUAUAUGGGCCAACUCAUAACUCCAGACGGGGUCUUGAUUAAAUUCACAGCUCUAUUGACCAGUCUGCACCAGGUUGAAAGUAAGUCAGAACUACCAUGAUAACUUCACAACCAGCCUUUUUCCCCUAAAUAUUCCUAGGGGGUUAACCUAGACCUGCUGGGACUUCUGUGAACUUGACUGGGACCUCUUAGAUUUUUCAGUAUCCAUCCAAGUCCCUGGAGCCAUAUACAAACACAUUGAUACCUAGUAGUGGAGAGCAUCAGGAAAACUAAUUUAUUUUCUCAGAUGAAAUGUUGGCCUGGUUGUCGGGUAGCUGACAAUGGGAAACCUUUGGACGAUGGGUAAGGCAAACAGAGUGGUUGCAGUAUUAAAACUGUUUGUAGUCAAUAUCAUGAAAGGAAAACAUGGUUCCCCACCUGCUUUUAAAUUGCUUCUCCCAACACUGUCCACAUGUACCCCGAAUGUUAAUCAGACUGGACUAUAUGCUGUUACCUGAUUGAGGCCUCUGCUUUUGCUCAUGGCACUUUCUCCGCCAGGAAAACACUAGCUAGACUUUAAGAUCAGCUAGAUCUACAUGUUAAGUCUUGAUAUAUUUAGCUUCUGAGUGACUUUCAGCAAUUAAACUAUAUUAUCUUGAACUUCCUUUUUCUAAGGAAUAAGAAGGCUAAUCUUUGGGCCUUAUAGAAUUAUUUUGAGGAUGAAAUGAAAUAACUGAAUGUGAUUAGCAUACGACCUAAUAACCUAGCAGGUAUUCCGUAUUUGCUCAUUUUAAAAAAAAUUACAGUCUUCCUGGCAACACCUCUAAUUUCAUGACCCACUUAAAAAAAAAAAAACCCUUAUUUUGGACUAGUUUUAGGCUUAUGGAAAAUAUGCAAAAGUACCCAAGAGUUUCUAAAUUAUUUUUCACCUCUGUAACCUCUGUGAAACCUCCUAUUUUAUAGUCAGAGGUAAUUAGUAUCGAAGUGAGCAUUUUGCAUGCUGCUUUUAGAACACGUAGAACAAAUUUGUAUCUAUAUCAUCAAUAUCUGUAUCUAUACCUCUCUCUUCAUUUCCCUCUCCUCCCUCCUCUCCCCGCUUCUUCCCUCCCUCCCUCCCUCGCUCCAUUCCUCCCUUCUUUCUUUCUUCCCUUUUUCCUCCCUUAAUAAAUUAUUGGAGGUAGGACUAAUUAUUAUUUUUUCUUUAUUCCAACAAAGAGUAGCAGACUAUGCACCCCAAAAUGUGCCACUUUGGUGUGAGGAUUAUUUGGAACUAAAGGCAAUUGAGAAGAAGUAGAUAUAAGAAAAUCUCUCUGUCCCCCCACCCCUCAUUUGCCUAAAAGCAAGACAAAAAUUGACAAAGGUGUCCCUUCCCUCUCUACAAGGAAGGACAAAUGUUAAUCACUGGACUGUAGACCCUUAGCCCAGAGACAGCACAGAGGAAUCUAUGUGAUAAACUUUACUAACUAGCUGGUUAUUUUUGCAAUUUUCUUUUUUUAAAUUGACAAAUAACAUUGUACAUUUUUAUCCUUUUGCCAUAAAAAUGAUAACUAUAUGAGGUACUGCAUUU